AUGAAGAAGGGCAAAAAGAAGAAGCCAGAGUCCAAACGCCGUGGCUCCAACUCACGGCGCUGUAGCUCUGAUUCCACCUCACGGCAGCCCAGCGAGCGUUCUACCCCACAUCAGUCCAGCGUGGAGUCCACCCCACCGCAGAACAGUUUGUCGUGCACCCCUCAGCAGCAUAGGAGCUCUGAGUUUACCCCCCAGCAGCCCAUCUCGGGGUGUACCCCACAGCAGCAGCAACAAAGCUCUGAGCCCACCCCCCAGCAGCCCUGCUCAGAGCCCACCCCCCAGCAGCCCGCCUCAGGGUCCACCCCCCAGCAGCCCAGCGUGGGCUCCGUUGCACAGAGGCCUGUGAUCUGGGCCCUCCCGGCUCCCCAAACCAGCCAGUCAGCUCAGGGCCUGCUGACUCAGAACGCUGGCACAAAAACACCCCAUGGAUCCAAGAAAGCAGGGCCUCCGACUCGCCCCUUCUGUUCCUGUACCACUUGCCCCGGCAGCUCUGCUUGCUGGCGUCGUCUGGGCCUGUGCCACAGCCGCAUCUCCGAUGUCCUUCUGCCUCGGGCCUGGCUGACCGUGCCAGGGAGAGGAUUCCCAAACCUCCUCACCUUCUACAGAGGACCUGCAAGGAAGCACACCAGUCAUCGUAAUUCCUGUGCUCCAGGCUCUCGGGACUGCAGCUGUGGCUCUGGGGGCCCUAGCAACUGCCUACUACGUCAUUGAACUCCUGUGAACAAACCCCAGGCUCACGGUCCAGCAGAUCCAGUUUCCAUCAGGGAUCUCUCUUGUCACCAAAAUAGAACAAUAAAAAAAAAAAUUCUGUUUCUUGACUGUGUUCUACCCAAGACACAACAGCUGGACUUGGUAGGGAGACCAGCCAGAAGAACCUGGAAGAGUAGAGGGAAAUUUCUUCCUCUCCCAUAGCUGCCCUGCCCCUUCCCACAAGACCACUCCUUGGGGCAAGAGGAGGCUGCAGAGCUCGAAAGUGGCCCUUGGUAUUGGGAAUCAGGACGCAUGUUUAUCUCAUGCUAACCAGCUCCCAGGAAACCUGCAGGGGAGACUCCACACACACAUCCCAGAAUCCUCCCUGGCUCUUGGCAAACGGGCCUUCCCCCACCCCACCACCCGCAGCUGCCUGGGAAUGCAAUGUGCCUCCUUUCUCUUACUUCUCCUGUACUGUUCACAUGGAGCAGGGAACACAGAAAGACUUCAUUCACAGGCUCCAUCGCUUGGCCCUCUACUGAAAGCUUUCUGAAAAUGCAAAUUCCUCAGACUGGAUUCUUUUCAAACGCUUUCAACUUCCGUAUUCCCACUGAAAGCAGUUAAGCAGAUCAAGACUUCCCUGGCUAGAGGCUCCUUAAAGAUAAUAUUUACAUUUAAAGGAGAAACUGAACUGGCCAGAAAGCAGAUCUUCAGGCUGUGAAGUCAGGCUUGAUGACUGCAAGGUGGGAACACAGUUUCUAGGGCCUCACACCAUUGGGACUCUGCCUGUGUGAGACCCCCAUUUUGCUGCCUGUGCCCCACCCCCACCUCGGCCUCGCUUCCUUCAGUCUUCUUCAGUGCUGCCCUGCGCUGGUGCUUACAUCAGUCCUGGAUGACUGAGCACUCAAUAAGACAGGGCUGUUACCCAUCAGACACUCAAUCCAGUGACCUGCGCAAGUCUCUACAUGAGCCAACUCUCCCCUCCCGGAGGCCCUGGGUCUGCCUGUGCCCUUCACCCGUCGGGACCAGGAGAUUCUAGUCUCGGUCCCUCUCCAGAAAAACAGACUCCCAUCGGGAUGACUUGUGUCCAUAAGCACUGGGCAUUUUAAGCCUUGUAUUUCUGUCUAUGCCCACACACACCCCUUCCCACUCCUCCCCUAGCCCCAACCUGGCAUUUCAAAGAGUAGGUCCCUUCUGCCUUGCUUCUGGCUCCACUUCUAGCCAGGUUUCCUCCUUCCCCAGAGGCCCUCCCUGGAGGAGGGGUACCCUCUCCUCCCUCCUCCCUCAGGCGCCAGAUAAGAUUCAAGCUGAGAUCACUGAAAAUGACAGGAUUCCUUCUCUCCUCUCACUACCUUUUACACCCCCAAGAUUACUUGGUUAAAAUGGACAUUUUCCCUCCCUUGAUUACAUAGGGUUUCAUAACAUAUAAUUGAUACUUGCACUUUUCACUUCUCAAUGAAAUCUUUCCAUGCAAUAUCUCAUUUUUAAUAGCUGCAUGAUGUCCCAUCAUCUGUUUCACAAUCAAAGAGACAGUGGGCUCACCAUAGGGCUGACUCAUUGUACUAUGAUAUUAGCUGUGAUAUUAGGCAGACUCAUUUCCAGGGAAGAGUUCCAUAUGGCUUGGACAAUAUGGGAAACAAUGGCCCAUGGCCUGUGAAGUCUACAGCUAGAAUAGGCUUUAGGAUGGGCUUACUCCAAAGAUCUCAUUUCUUUCUUUCUCCCCACUCUGCCUUCCAUAAAGUCAGUGUCAGACUGAGACUGACUCUCCUUGUGAUUGUAAGAGAAAAUGCCACUCCAAAAUCAGCCACUUUGGCAUAAGGAUUAUUUUGAUCUAAAAACAAUUAAAACACAAAAAGAUUACCCAAGAACAGCUGAAGUCCCAGUGCCCUGAAGGGAACCUGCCGGGAGACAGGGAAGGGGAGCAGACUGUCCCACCCCAAAAUGGGUCUCUUUGGCAUGUGGAUGAUUUUCAGCCCAAAGCCAUCAAGACACAGUGGACUCAGGAAAACCUUUUUACUUCCCCCUAACUGCCUGAAAGAAUGUAGACAGUGGGCCUGUACCAGUAAGAGAGCUAUUAUCAGAGAUAACAUAUUUUGUAUCUGAAAAAAUCUGCUUAGCAGGGAAAAUAGCUGAUUGCCAAACAUCCAUUCCGCUAAUCUUCCUGUGAAUGGCCCUCCUUCCCCAUGAAGCCCAGGCCCCUACCCCUGUCCUCAGCUGAGGAUGGCUUACAUGCCUCAAUUGCCUUUGAGUCUCACCUCUUUGUGGGGCUCCUGUAUAUAUACAAUUAAAUUAGUUUUUCUCCUGUUAAUUUAUCUUACGUCCUUUUUAUUAUUAGAACAGCCAAAGAACCUAGAAAGGAAGAAUGGGAAAUUUUUCUGCCUCCAUCGCGAGGAACUGAACUCAUAGCACAGUGGGGCCCUGUUUGGUCAUCCAGCAGCCAGGACAUGGCCCCUUGUCAGAGCCAGUCCCAAACUUCCUGCCAUACUUCACCCCAGCCCAACCUCAUUCCUCUGUGGGGUGCCAGCAAAGUACAGCCUGGGUGAGCAUAAGCACAGAGGGUGGCUGGGGUGCUCCCUGGGGGCUCCCUCAAUUUCCUUCCCCUGCAGGGUCUCCCUUGCAUUUAAGAUCUUCCUCCCAUUAUCUGGCUCCCCAGGAAGCCCAUAAAAUCUCCCCAAAUCCCACAUUUUUUUGUAGCUCCCAGAACAAUUGUCUUAGGGGAGGAGAGGGAGUGUGGAGGGA